AUGGAUGUUCGAGAUGAAAUUGACAUGAACAAGCUACAAAAUCCAACGAAAAGCAAAAAAACUGGAAAAUACAAAAUUGAGAAUGAAAUUGAAACUGAAAAGCAAAUAGACACAGUCCAUUAUACAUUUAUAAAAUCUAGUGAACAACCAAAAAGGUUAGUACUCAAAAUUAAGCGAAGACCAACUAAAUCCCAGCCAGAGGUUCAGAAACUAUUAAGUGAAGGAGAUGGGAAGGCAUCUUCAACUUCUGAGACAGAAGUUCAAAAACCAUUGAGGGGCAACAUUUUAGUGAAACAACUUUUAGCAAAGAGCAUCAAGCAGAACAACAAAAAAAAGGUUGCAGAAAGGGUAGCUGCAGCUGCUGCAAAGGCCACCAAAGAAGCUGAGGAAAGGAUAGCUACAACUGCCGUAGCAAAUCAAAUACAAGCUGAGAAAAGAGCAUCUGCAGCUGAAGUAGAAACCAAAAGAGCAGAUGAGGAAAAGGCAUCUGCAGCUGAUGCAGAAGCCCGAAGACAGGCUGAGGAAAAGGCAUCUGCAGCUGAUGCAGAAGCCCGAAGAGAGACUAAGGAAAAGGCAUCUGCAGCUGAUGCAGAAGCCCGAAGAGAAACUAAGGAAAAAGCAUCUGCAGCGGCUGCAGAAGCCCGAAGAGAAGCUGAGCAGAAAGAAGCUGAAAACAAGAGGAUGGAGAAAAACAAAGAGUUGGUAGAGGAAGCAACAAGGAAAGAAGCUGAGAGAAAUAAAAAAGAAAAUGAUGAUGCCACAAAAGCAAUUACCAAAGUGGUUGAAAAUGUAAAUGCUUCCGAGAGUGAAGGUCAAACCAAUAGUGGUAAUGGCACAAAAAGAGGAAGGAAGACAACAGCUAGCAAGAAGAAGACCCUUCAAAAUAUAACUAUCGAUGAAGCACUACAAAAGAAGUUGCACAACAUAUCAGAUUCAUACAAACCGAAAAGAAAUACAAGAUCAAUGGUGACAGUGCAAGAAAAUGUUUACGCUGAAAUUGUUAGCAAAGAAGAAUUUGAAGGCAAAGAUGUUUCUGAAGUUACUUCAAAAGUAACAAAUACUCCAAGGAAAAGGAAAGGGGCUGAGAAAGAAGAUGAGGAUGAGCCUGUUGAUGUUGAGAUGAUAAAAACAAAAAAGCAAAAAGGAGUUGAGAAAAAAACAUCUGUUAAGUGA